CUUUGAUUUCUCAUCUAUAAAGGUCACAAAAUACUUAUGAUGUUCUCUAGAUAUGCAUGGAGCAGUCCAUACAUCAGAGUGGAUUAAGUCAAGAGGGCUAUCAAUACUCUCUCAGUCAAGAGGACAAUGACUUUGAUAAACAUUUUGGGAAGUUCAGAUCUCUGUGGGCUGAGCUAGAGAUGUUAAGGCCAGCAACUAUUGAUCCAGAUGUGUUGAAUGAAAGGAGAGAACAAGACAAGGUGUUUGCACUACUCUCUACUCUCAACCCUGGAUACAAUGAUCUAAUCAAGCAUAUCUUAAGAGACAAGGAACUCCCAUCCCUUGAAGAAGUUUGUGCUAGGAUUCAGAAAGAACAAGGAUCAGUGGGGCUCUUUGGACGCAAGCAAGACUUGGUACUAGCAAACCAAGCUGAAGGACUUGCAAAUAAAGGCACCUACAAGACUGAAGACAAGAAGGUGUGGAUCUGUGAUCAUUGCAAGAAUAAAGGCCAUGGAAAGGACAAGUGCUGGAUCCUCCAUCCUCACCUCAAGCCACAAAAGUUCAGAACCAACUACAAUGAUGCAAGAGCCAACUUCUCUGGUGACAUGGGAGAGCCAUCUACUCCAGCUACCAUGCGCUCUGCUCCAGCAGGUGGUGAAGGCAAGGCUCUAGCUUCCAGUGGCAACCUUACCUUGAGGAACAAUCAAGAUGAAGUCAUCAGACGUUCUGACAUUGAGGCUCUCAUCAAACUCCUCAAGGAUAACUCUGGUAACACACUUGGUACCUCUUUACAUGCCUCCACUUGUGGUAUCUUGCUGAAUGCUUUAACUGAACCUAAAAUUACAAAAUCUUUAGUUAUAGAUUCAGGGGCAAGUCACCACAUGAUUAGUGAUCUUAGCUUAAUUAAAAACAUUGUUCCUGCCCUAGGAAAUGUUAUGAUAGCUAAUGGAGAGAAAGUACCAAUCAAAGGUGUAGGUGAUCUUAGGCUAUUUGAUAAAGAUUCUAAAGCUUUCUAUAUGCCUAGUUUUACCUCAAACUUGUUAUCAAUUAAAAGAGCUACUAAUGACUUGAAUUGUAGUGUUACUUUCACUCCUAAUGAUGUUUACUUUCAGGAUAUUGAAACUAGUAGGUUGCUUGGCAAAGGUGUAACCAAGGGAGACUUGUACUUACUUGAAGACACUAAGCUAUCAUCUGAUUUAUCUUAUGCUCUAAAUUAUAUUUCUACUUUACCUAAAGAUGUAUUAUGGCAUGCUAGAUUAGGACAUCCCCAUUCUCGUGCUUUGAACAUCAUGAUUCCAAGUAUUUCCUUUAAAAGUGAUUGUGAGGCUUGUAUUCUAGGCAAGCAUUGCAAGAGUGUGUUCUCUAGAUCAAGUACUAUUUAUGAACAUUGCUUUGAUACCAUGUGAGUUUUAAUGAUUUAUGAGAUGGUUAUGUGUAUAGAUUAAGGAGAUUAAGUUAGAACCAUAAGAAUAAGAAAGAGAGAGAUUGUUGCAAAGUGAGAGAGUAAGAAGGAGGAAUCUCUUAUUCCCUUACUUUAUUAAUUUCUCAGACAUGUUACAUAAAUAGAUACAAGAGUUUCUAAUGAGACAAUAGGAAUUAAUAAACAAAUGGAGACAGCAUGGGAUCAAGUCACUCUCAACUGAGCCAUGAAAGUGACAUCUCCUCUUUCUCUUACAUCCUUAGCUUAACAUGUGACUUUGGCUUGUCUUUGAGCUCCAACAGAUCCAUCCACUUGCUCCCACUUGUUUAAACUAUUCCAGACCUUCUGGAGACUGAUGGUGAGACAUUUAAAAACUCCCACACCCUUGCUUGCCUUCCAAGACACUCUUGUUACGGAUUAGGGCAAACUGUAUGGCUUGAUUCAAAUUGCUCUUUCCCUCUUGUUUCCAUAGUUCUGAUUCUUCAGGCCUUUACUCUUGAUCUUUAUUGCUUCAUCUCAACAUGAGGUAUGGGAUACUAAACCCGAAGUCCAUGGACCCGGACAGAGCACUCCGAAUAAAUAUAAUUUAAUCCUAACACAUUACAAACACGGUACCUAAAGUACCCAAAGAUCAUACAACAGUCCUAGCGAGGUGCACACCCGCUGCCCACUAACAGGCCAAACACCACCGAAAAUGUGCUCGGUUCAUACACACACCGAACAAGUGCUCGGUAACACACGCCCGUAGACGAUUUAUCGACCACCUGGGUUACGCGUCAACCGGUCGACUAUAGCUGACCGUAACCUCCAAAUAAUCCGGCAUACAGAAGUCCGUCUCUGUAUCCAUCUCAGACAAUCAAAUAACUCCUAAUAAAAUAAUCUAUUUUUAUUUACCAAUUUUAAAUGAAACAAUCAUUGUUGAAUCCUCUAACACCCUAGUUCCGGUUUAAGCAAAGAACCUAAAAACUAAACAAGCAAUAAUAGACUCGAUUUCACACAGACGGAAACACAUUAGAAAUAAAUUAUACUUAUUCGAGGUCCUAAGCCGUGUAAGAGAAACUCGAGAAAAGAACCCUCACCUUAGCCAAAAUAUGAGAACCGGAAGAGAAUCAAAAGAACGAGAUAACUUGAUCAUUAAGAAACGAUAGGGUUUACACCCGGUCUUAGCUUCUCACCAUCAUCACGUGAGGAGCAUAUCAAAUAUGCACAUGCAUGAUAAACAUAAAUAUGACGUAAGUUCACGGUUGACAACUCAGGUGGCAAGCGAUUAAUCAAAAGGAAGAGAGGAGCCUUGGUCCGCAAGAAAGAGGUAAUCUUACCCUAAGAUCUCACGCUUCUCCUUGGUUAACCACACGACAUAACCUUUGACAAUACAGCAACGUCUCCGGUGACAUGGGAUGCACCGCCGGUGGGUCACCACUGAUGGUCGUGUGGAUCGGUGACGGUGGCGGUGAGAAACAGUGUCGGUAGUGAUUGAAGAUGGUGGGUGCGUCACGUCCUCUACGAUGGCAAAGCACUCUGGGCUCAAGAAGAAGGAUUAGAGAUCACGAAAGAGAUAUCAUUGGAGAUCGAAGAAGCUUGGAUGGAGGAGGCGGCUGCCUUGAGAAGAAGAAGAUGGUGCAUAUAUAUUAUUAGGUAUAUAUAACCCCAUACACACUUGAGAAAGGUAAAAGACCGAAUGGUUUAUACGUUUCUUAAUUAAUUAAUUAAACCAACUCGGUUUAGUGAAUGGUUUGGGGAAAUUAAAU